CUUUUCUUUAUUUCUUUUUCUUUUGACUAAAGAUGGUGCAUUUUGCCUUUUCCCAAUUUACAAAAGUUGGUAGAGAUGCCAUUCCUUUUUCCUCUAUAUGUUUGAACCAUGAAAUUUUCCAGUUAAUUUAAACCCAUGAUUAAUGAGGAGGAACACCGUUAGUGUUCUACCUGUCAAGUUUUGUAUCUUGUUGAGAAUUUUAUUUAUUGGUCAAGAAGGAUGUCGACUGCUGAAGACGAAAGCGCUGCAGCACAAGUCCUAAAGGAAAUGAUGGAGAAGCUGGACGCAGUCAAACAAGGCCAGAUUUCGUAUCCUCAGAUAACGCUAGCGCCUGAUGUAUCAAGUCCUUUAUUCAACUGGCAAGAUCAAGACCCGGUUCCUCCUAAUACAACAGCCCCUGGCAGUGCUCCGCACCUGCCACCAACCACUCCUCCGGUGGUAACCUCUCCUCAGAUUGGGCAGCCCACUUCAAGCUCUGCAACUGCGGAUCGCCCUGUCUCGUCAACCAGCGAGUUUCCAGUCAGCAUGUAUGGGAUACCUGUCAACAAUCCUACAGAGAGUCAAGUCACACCGACACCUCCUGCGGCAAAUCCAUCCCAGUCAGUCUUACCUCCUACCGACCCAAAGGGAAUUGCUUUUGACUUCUUUGGACAACCUCGAGAUCCAGAUCCCACCUACAAGAAGACCCCAUCAAGGGGGAAUAAAGGAGAAUUUGAGACAAACCAAUUGUCUGCAGCAAACAAACUUGAGGGAAUUGUUAACACCCUCACCCAGACAGUCGAGCGCCUUAAUGUUCAAUUUGCAUCAGAGCGAGAAAUCUCAAAACAACUGCUGGACAGAUUCAACAAUCUCAGCGUGCUAGUUUCUAGAGAGAUAGCAGCACUACGAUCUUUGAUCUCCAAGGAGUCCGCAGAGACACGCAAAUCUAUCAAUGCGCAUGUAGAGAGUCUUGGGAAAGCCUUAAUGGUAGCACCGACCCACCAUGGGGCGAGCACAUCUCAAUCUGCCCCACAGAAGGCUCCAGAGCAAGAAGCUCCCAAUCCGCAAGGAAGCGGUGGGAUCAGAAGGAUGAGCUUGCGGUGCAACUGGCAGACAAGUAUGCUAAUAUUCCAAUGGCGGACUACAAUGCAGCUUGCUCGGUGAAAAGCAAAGAUGGGCUGAAGUUGGUGUUGGCGGAGUAGAAGAAGAAAUUUGGUUGAAAUCAUGUUUGUGGUUUGUGGAGGUUUGGAAUCAUGGUUUUUUUUUCUUUUUUUUUUUUUUCUUAAAUCUAAUUAUUACACACAUAAUUAAGCUAAUGACAUUAUAGACGACACACCAAUAUCAACUUUAUUUGUUCAUUAAUUAAUACCAAAGCCAUUAAUACUUAUAAAGUCAAUACACUAGAAUUUUCUUUGAAAGAAAAUUCUAGUGUAAUGACUUUAUAAGUAUUAAUGAACAAAUAAAGUUGAUAUUGGUGUGUCCUAUAUAAUGUUAUUAGCUUAAUUAUGUGUGUAAUAAUUAGAUUUGAGAAAGAAAAAAAAAAGAAAAAAAAACCCAUGAUUAAUCCGUCUAAAUAUAGAGAUUACUUUUCACUAAUCCAUGUUUUUGUUUUUAAUCUUCUGUGCUUUCCUAGUAGGUAAAAAUGCGUCGAAUUCGUAUUUGAACAACCACUGUAAUUUUUUGAAAGAAAUUCAAAUCAUAAGAAUUAAGACAGGCUAGCUAGCAUAUUUAUUUAUCCCUAAUGGAAUCUGUCUCAAGUUAUGUGACCUUUGAUGCUGAGUUGAGUGGGUUUUCUUUUAUCA